AAUUGUCCCCAAAUCCCUUAACUGAAAAUUCUUGGAAAGAAUGCCACCGUCCUUUUAUCUCAGAAGUCAAUCCGUUACUCUGCCUCUGACCCUCUGUGCAAUUGUAUCCAUUAUUUUCCACAUUCCCAUUAAUUAUUAUUUUGUUUUUGUUCCCAAUUUGGGAAGCAAAGGUGUCCCUUUGAGCUCUGUUUUGACUAACUUCUACCUUGUCGGAUUAUUGAUCAUUUAUGUUAAAUUCUCCGGUGUUUACAAGAAAACAUGGGAUGGAAUUUCAUGGGAUUGCUUAAAAGGCUGGAAAUCACUGCUCAAUUUAUCAAUUCCGAGCUGCAUUUCCGUUUGCCUGGAAUGGUGGUGGUAUGAAAUCAUGAUCCUGCUUUGCGGAUUACUCCUGAAUCCAAAAGCAACGGUUGCUUCCAUGGGAGUUUUGAUUCAAACAACUGCUCUGAUAUACAUCUUUCCUUCUUCAUUAAGCUUUGGUGUGUCAACCAGGGUUGGGAAUGAAUUGGGCGCCAACAAUCCCCAGAAGGCAAAAAGAGCUGCCAUCAUCGGACUCUUUUCAAGCAUCUUCUUAGGACUCUCAGCAUUGUUUUUUGCCGUGAUGGUGAGGAACAUUUGGGCUACUCUGUUCACUACAGAUGCAAUCAUCAUUAAAUUAACCUCCAUGGUCUUGCCGAUCAUUGGACUCUGCGAGCUAGGAAACUGUCCCCAAACAACAGGCUGCGGUGUUUUAAGAGGGACUGCAAGACCUAAACUGGGAGCAAACAUCAAUUUAGGAUGCUUUUACCUGGUGGGUAUGCCGAUUGCUGUGGGUUUGGCUUUCUUCUCCAGGUAUGACUUCAGGGGACUCUGGCUCGGUCUUCUAGCCGCCCAAGCUUCCUGUGCUGUGAGCAUGCUGUUCACUUUGCUCCACACCGAUUGGGAAUAUCAAGCUCAAAGGGCUCAGGAACUUACGCGAUCCGUUCCUAAUGAUGAUAAUGUCAAUCAGGACAAGAAAGUUAACACCACGGGUUUUUCGAGCUUAACUGAUGAUGAAAUGAAAGAAAACCAAUCUCCUGUUUGAUGUUUUUAACAGAAACCUUGUUGCUUUGAUUUUUUUUUUCCCUUAACUAAAUGUACCCACUCUUUGUCUAUUUAUUUUCAUUUAUACUUGUAGAGUAUACUACUAAACUUGUAUCUUUAUAUAUAUAUAUAUAUAGAGUAAAAUAUUAUAGGACCA